CAUGCCAGUUACCCACGUGGGAACACAGCGUGUUCCAUUCUUUGUGCUCCGGUAAGGAGGAGCUCGCCUGCGACCCGAGUAGGCAACCCCACAAAAAUACUGCUGCGGUGGGCCACGUGGAACAGGUUCAGAAAGGCUUUCGUUUCAGUGAUGCCAAAGCGUGGGAAAAAGGGAUCGGUGGCCGAAGAGGGUGAAGAGCCCAAGAUUGAGCCAGAGGUCAAGAAGAGUAAAUCGGGAGCAAAGAAAAACGAAAAAGAGGCAGCAGGAGAGGGGCCAGCCCUGUAUGAGGACCCCCCAGAUAAAAAAACGUCACCCGGUGGCAAGUCAGCCACACUAAAAAUUUGCUCCUGGAAUGUGGAUGGGCUUCGAGCCUGGAUUAAGAAGAAAGGCUUAGAUUGGGUAAAGGAAGAAGCCCCAGAUAUCCUGUGCCUCCAAGAGACGAAAUGUUCAGAGAACAAACUGCCACCUGAACUGCAGGAGCUGCCUGGACUAUCCCAUCAGUACUGGUCAGCUCCCUCAGAUAAGGAAGGGUACAGUGGUGUGGGCCUGCUGUCCCGCCAGUGCCCACUCAAAGUCUCCUAUGGCAUUGGUGAGGAGGAACAUGAUCAGGAAGGCCGAGUGAUUGUGGCUGAAUUUGACACAUUUGUGCUGGUAACAGCCUAUGUACCUAAUGCAGGCCGGGGUCUGGUGCGCCUGGAUUAUAGACAGCGCUGGGAUGAAGCUUUUCGCAAGUUCCUGAAGGGGUUGGCUUCCUGCAAGCCCCUUGUGCUAUGUGGGGAUCUUAAUGUGGCUCAUGAAGAAAUUGACCUUCGCAACCCCAAGGGAAACAAAAAGAAUGCUGGCUUCACUCCACAAGAGCGUCAAGGCUUUGGGGAGUUGCUGCAGGCUGUGCCACUGGCUGACAGUUUCCGGCAUCUCUACCCCAACAUUGCCUAUGCCUACACCUUCUGGACCUACAUGAUGAAUGCUCGAUCCAAAAAUGUUGGUUGGCGCCUUGAUUACUUUCUGUUGUCUCACUCUCUCUUACCUGCGUUGUGUGACAGCAAGAUCCGAUCCAAGGCCCUGGGCAGUGACCACUGUCCCAUCACCCUAUACCUAGCACUAUGAUACCUCCCCCAAAUCACUCUGAGCCUGGGAAAUAAGUCCCCCAAAACUAGCUUAACCCUUAACAAAACCCCCACAGCUUCUUUAAAAACUGCUCUCUAGAGAUAUGCAUUGUAUUUUCCUUCUAAAAAGAAUCUCUCAUCCAGGCUUCUACUGACAGAUUUAAGCCCAAAGUCCCCCCCUCCCUUUUUUUUUUACUUUAAACAAAAGCUACUGAUGAUUUUCUUUGAACUGUCCACAUGCAAAUAAAGAGCCAUAGUUUCA